GGCCGGGCGGGGCGUGCGCUGCAUCGGGACCAGUCGGCAGCUCCUGCAUCCCGGGCGAGGAGCAUCCUCCGGGCGGGGGCCGGUACCGCGGCGCCUCCGCACCGGGUUCCGCAUUUCGGUUGCUCCGGCUUAUCCCGGACCAUGGCGGAGAUCACCCCCGUCCACCCCAGCUUCGAUGUCUCUCCAGUUGUGGCAGGCCUCAUUGGUGCUACUGUCCUUGUGGUUUCUGUCUCAGUAACAGUUUUUGUGUGGACAUGCUGUCACCAGCAAGGAAAAAAGCACAAAACCCCACCAUAUAAGUUCAUUCACAUGUUGAAAGGCAUCAGUAUCUAUCCGGAGACCUUGAGUAACAAGAAGAAAAUUAACCGAAUCCGGAGAGACAAGAACGGCACUCCUAAGGAGACUGGAAGGGGAAACCUUUUGGUGGAUGCUGCUGAAUCUGGUUUAAUAGGGUCUGAUAAAGCUUCAGAUGGGCCAAAUGCAGCUCCCCACAUUGAUCAGCUUCCAAUAAAGUAGCUUAUGGAGAUGAACUAAGUCCAGAUCAAAGCCUCACUCGGGAGGAAGUAAAACCUCCUCCCGUCUUCUCCAGGGGAUGAUGUCAUGUUGGGAGAACUGACUUUCUCAGUGGACUACAACUUUCCCAAAAAAGCACUGGUAGUUACCAUUCAGGAGGCUCAUGGGCUACCAGUUAUGGAUGAACACACUCAGAGCUCCGACCCAUACAUCAAGAUGACAAUUCUUCCAGACAAAAGGCAUCGAGUGAAGACUCGUGUCCUUCGCAAGACGCUGGACCCAGUCUUUGAUGAAACCUUCACCUUCUACGGGAUCCCCUACAGCCAGCUCCAGGAUUUGGUGCUUCACUUCCUGGUGUUGAGCUUUGAUCGCUUUUCUCGAGAUGAUGUGGUUGGAGAAGUGAUGGUGCCCCUUGCGGGAGUGGAUCCCAGCACUGGGAAGGUUCAGCUGACCAGGGAGAUUCUCAAAAGGAACAUACAAAAAUGCAUUAGCAGAGGAGAGCUGCAAGUCUCACUGUCUUAUCAACCUGUGGCGCAGCGAAUGACUGUUGUGGUGCUGAAAGCCAGACAUUUGCCAAAGAUGGAUAUCACUGGCCUCUCAGAUCCCUAUGUUAAGGUGAACGUUUAUUACGGAAGAAAGCGUAUAGCAAAAAAGAAGACUCACGUGAAGAAGUGCACUUUGAAUCCUGUCUUCAAUGAAUCCUUCAUUUAUGACAUCCCUGUCGAUCUCCUUCCUGACAUCAGCAUUGAAUUUCUAGUUAUUGAUUUUGACCGUACCACAAAAAACGAAGUGGUGGGACGGCUGAUUUUGGGAGCGCACAGCAUCACCGCAGCUGGUGUGGAACACUGGCGAGAGGUGUGUGAGAAUCCUAGAAAGCCAGUGGCCAAAUGGCACAGCCUGAGCGAAUACUAGCAGAGGUUGCGGCAGCAACAGCUGACUCAUAGAACAGACUUAAACUUUGUUUUAGCUGUAGAACUAAACUUUCGUGAGCAGCAGCAGCUGAUCGGUUCUCUAGUGAUGUGAUUUUGCAGGGCACUAAAAUUCUAAAGAGCAUUAAAUUAAAAAAAAAUACCACAAAUAUAUACAGUGUAAUCACGCUAUUGCAUGCCUAAUACAAACUGAAAUUAGUAUAACUACCAAUAUCAAGUUGCAGAUUUUAAUACAAUUAUCUGUCACUAUGGAAGUUGUGUUUGUGCCGAACUGUCUUUGCUGGUAUUCACCAAAAUUGGCCUGUUUUUAGGCUUCUCCCAAAGGUUCUGAAUUCUGCUGUUUAACCUCUAGUUUCUUGUUAGUUUGCCUGCCCAUUGAUUCUUGCAGUUCUCUUCUUUACUGGUUUGGGAGUACCAACUGCAUUUCCAUAUAAAGGUGGUUUUGAAUUCUGCACUAAUGCAAAAGGAAAAUACAGGGGAAAAUGGCACUUUCCUUCAGAGAAAAAAAUAAUUAAUUUAUCAGGUAUUAAAAGAUUUACAUUGUGAUAUACUUGCUAUGGAGCUGUAAGGCUACAUCAAAGGUUUGCAUCUAAAAUUCAGACACCAACAAACUGAUCACUUUGCAUUUGCCACAUGGAAAUUAGCACAGACAUGAUCUUACAGACUAUCGGAAUUGGAGGAAUUCCACUAUAUUACAUUUUAUUUUACCCUGUCUGUGCAUGAAGGGCCUGAGAAAAACAAAAACUGAUGUCAUUGAUUCUUAAGGAAACUCUUGCUGAUUAUUUUAAACAUUAAAUCUGGAAUUCUACGUGAUUGGUAAGUUCUUUCGUAAUGGCGUAACACUGAGAUCAGAAAAUAGCUUGCGGAAAAGAGCUUUGAAGUGAAAACUUCACCAAGCUUCUCUUAAAUUCAUACCCGAGUGAAUUUGCAUUACAUAUGACAGCUCUCAAAAAAGGGUAACAUAGGGCAAAGUCUGUCACUACAGAACAAACUCUUCAAGAAGUUAAUUUUUAGGAUUUCAAAGCAGCUUGAGUUAGCUCUUAAACUGUGAAUAUGACUUAGAAUGCGCUUACUAUCACCUCCUCUGAAAUGUAAAAAAAUGUUACUUGAUAAAUACAACCUGCAGCACUUUAGGCUAUUAACCCUGAAUAGUCAGUAGUUUUGAACAGAAGUUCAUAAAAUUCCAGAAAUAUGAGUGAAGUUUGGAAAGAGCUGCAUUAGAUCUCACUGUAAACACACUAGCCUGACAUUUUUUUAAAUAUCAGAGUAAUAUCUUGGCAAAUGACGUGAUUUGGCUUCUUACUACAUUCAAGCCAGGAAGGGAUGAUAAUUGGCAGCAAAUAAUGAAUUUUAAACAUUGCUGGUAAGCUGAGUGUAAAUAUUCAUAACAAGCUGUAGAAAUUCAAAUUAUUUCUGAAGUCUCCAAUGGAAAUAUAAAGCAGAACUGAGCUUGCGAAGAGGCAUGUAGAAGACUGCAAAUUUUCAGUAUUCAUUUAGUUGCUUCCAGGCAGCCAGUCUGUUCCGUGCCCUGUGGAAUGUAAAUACUGUACUAUAAAAAAAAAAAAAAAUCAUUUAACUCAUUUACAGGACUUGACUACUGAAUUUUAGAGCCCUGUUGGAAAAAUGAUCCUUUCCACCUUCUUACUUAUGAAAGUAGAAUAAUGGAGCAAGUCUUAGUUUUCUUUCCAACCACAAUGUAAAGCAACUGCUGCUGGAUGGCUCUUCAUGCGAACAGUCAGCACUUUGUUAGUUGCCAAUACUUUGCAUCUCUUCCUUAGAAAUUUUUUGGAAAGCUGAAUUUCUCACUCAUAACGAGUUACUCAUUGAAACUUCCUUCUAGACAGAGUGUCUUUUAGCAUCAGAGGUUGCAUUGAAGCUGAAGCUCUCUAUUUGUCAGUCUUGCAUGGCAGAUGGAAGCGUGAACUUUUGUUAGUGAUUAAUUGAUCUUGAUCAUGAGGAUUUCUGCCUGAGGUUAUAGUAGAUUUUAUCUUUGUCUUAAAUGCUUUCUAGCUCAUGCUCUAUUGGUGGCUUACAGCCACAAACCACAAUUCUCCUUUGGAAACUGGUGUAGAUCUAUUUCACUCCUCGUUUUUGCACUAAGCAAUUGUGUUGCUGAAGUUUAGGAACUUUUCCUCGGAACUGUGCUUUCCAAUGCCGCUCCAAACACCUGAAUAGAACACACUAACAAAAAGAAAAGUUCCCUUUUUUCCUUCAGUGUGAAAAGCAUGCUUAAGCCUAGAUGAUCUCUAUAAGAUUCUUUUAGCUGAAAACGAAAGAUGAACUUCUUUGUCAAGGAAACAUGCUCAGGGUAAAUAGACUUAGGCUAUCGGGCAGGUAGAAGUAGCUCCAACACUUCUGGAAUAAUAGGAAACUGAAGAUGUGCAGAUAUAUAUUUUUUAAAACGUAAAAUAGACAGUAAGUGACAGUGGACUCACUGUAAAAUCUCCCAGAUGUGGUUAUUCUUUACCUUGUGUCUUCUAUUGUAAAAUUAACUUGGACAGUUACAACUUUGUGUGAAAAAAAAAGAAAAAAAAGGCAAAAAACCUAACUCAACGUGUGAAACUGCAUAAUGCUAUAAGCUACUUGACAUUAUGUAAUGCUAUCUUGUAUGUUGAAUUUGUUAACGCACAUUGAGCGUACAAAUAAAAAUUAAAUCAC